AUGUCUGCGGAGGGAAGACUAGAGGACCGCGGCCAGCUGGCCGUCGGCAGCCGCCCCCCCCAGUGGUCUUCCUCAAAUUUUUCACCUUCCGAUACCUCGCUGAAUUCGCCAGUGGAUGCGCUUUCGGCCUUGGAGCGAGCUCGCCUCACUCAGGUCCGCUCCCACAACGGGGACAGAAGCCGGCCCUUUCGGGCAAACGAGCUUGAAGAGGCCGACGCGGGGGGAAGCUGUGAGCGUGUGGACAUGCUCUCCCAUCUGUUUCCCACCCUCGGGCCGCAGACACUGUUUCCUCCCGACCUUCGAUUGCUGUGUGGCUAUGCGCACGGCUCAACCGAAUCCAGUAAAGCACAGAAUGCAGAGGUUAAAAGUCAGCAGAAAACCGGUGGUAGGGACGGGACAUCCUCGUCGGGACUGGCGACGUCGCCCUGCGGAGACCGAAAGCUCCUCGCCGCGUACAUGACGCACCUGCGGCAGGUCGAGCAGUGGAGGUUUCUAUGCGUGGACAGAGAGGACAUCAAAGAGAAGAAGAAGCGCUUGUUGAAACAGAAAGUGCGAGCCGGAGUGCCGGAUUCUCUGCGAGGCGUCGUGUGGCAGCUGCUGGCACAAGUCCACAAAAUGAAGGAAGAAGCUGGCUACGAACCCGAUAUGUACUACAAGCUGGCGACCUCCAACAUCUGGAGCGCGGACAGCCGGACGAAUCUCGGCCCCAUCAUCGCUAGGGAUAUCAACAGAACUUUUCCAAAGCAUGUUCUGUUCAGAGACAUUCACCAGAAGGGACAGCAGGCAUUGUUCAAUGUGUUGAAAGCAUAUGCAAUUUUCAACCCCGAUGUCGGCUAUUGCCAGGGGAUGGGGUUUUUGGCCGGCAUCCUCCUGAUGUAUAUGACUGAAGAAGAUGCAUUCUACAUGCUCGUUUGCCUGCUUCACAAGUACAACAUGCAGGGUCUCUUCACCCCGGGACUGCCUACCCUGGAGAAGUACUUUUUCCAGUUUCAGAGGCUUUUCCAAAAGCACAUGCCUCGCUUGAGCGUCCAUUUCCGGAAUGAAGGAGUCGAGGCAAGCAUGUACCUCAGUGGCUGGAUGAUGACGCUUUUCGCAUACAACUUUUCGUUCGAUUGUGUGGUCAAGAUUUGGGACGUUUUCCUUAAUGAAGGAGAGAAAGUGCUCUUUCGCACGGCCCUCGCAAUCCUGAAGAUCAAACAAGAGGAACUGUUUACUGCGUCCUUCGAGGCGAUCCUAGAGAAGCUCAAGUCGACGCCGGGGCAGCUCGAUGCAGAUGUGUUACUGAAGACUGCUCUGAGUAUGAAGGUGCAUAACUCAAUGCUAAGAGACCUUGAGAAGGAGUAUUUCGAGCAGAAAGACUGUCAGCCUCCUAGUCAAAAUGGGAACUUGGCUGAUCAGGACGAAUGA